UUUCCUCUUCCAAAACUCCUUCCAUCCCUUUCCCUUGAGGACUAGAAAAGAUGAUCAUUCCAGUGCGUUGCUUCACCUGUGGAAAGGUGAUAGGGAAUAAAUGGGACACGUAUCUUGACCUUCUUCAGGCUGACUACACCGAAGGAGAUGCUCUUGAUGCACUAGGUUUGGUUCGGUACUGCUGUCGGAGGAUGUUGAUGACUCAUGUUGAUCUUAUUGAGAAGCUUCUUAACUACAACACUUUGGAGAAAUCUGAGGGCAGUUGAUCAGGGUUCUGGAGGAUUCUUCUUAGGAGACAGUGUGGCAUUUGUAUGAAGUAAAAGAAUUUACAUGUAGCACAAUCUAUGUAAUGUGUACUUGUCGUCCUUGCAGCUUACCAUGUGAUGAGUUGGUAAUUUUGACUACUGCUGCCUAGCUUAUGAUUCUGAUUUUGCUACUUGUGUCCCAUCUUAUAAUGUUUUCUGUUACAGUUUGGUAAAAGAUUUGGUAUCUCGUAAGGGCUUAACAUUCGUAAUUAUUCUCUCUCUCUCUUGCCCGUAUAGGGAUUUACAUCAA